AUGUCAGGGGCAGUAGGACCCAAAGGAUCACCUGGACCCAAAGGUGCACCUGGAAAUGGAGAAAAGGGUGAAAAAGGUAUUCCUGGAGUCCCUGGAAUGCAGGGGGAAAAUGGAGUUCCUGGUGUUCCUGGUCAUGCUGGUUAUGCAGGCAUAAAGGGGGAUCGUGGAGAACGAGGGCAACCAGGCCUGCCUGGAUUUUUUGGAACACCACCUGUUGCUAUGAAAGGUCCUCAAGGGGAUACUGGAUCACCAGGUCCUUCUGGAGAUAAUGGGUCGAUUGGACUAACUGGUCCUCCGGGCCCAUUGGGAAGACCUGGCGAAGAUGGGGCAAGCCUCUCUGGACUGCCAGGAGCCUGUGGGGAACAAGGUCCUAAAGGUUCUCAAGGGGACCCUGGUCUUCCUGGAAAAGCUGAAUCAACUCCUGGAAGACCAGGGUCUCCUGGAGCACCUGGAUUACCAGGAGCACAAGGAAGACAGGGUUUGCCUGGAUCACCUGGUAUAGUUUGUCAUGGCAAAGGGCUCCCUGGACAACCAGGAAUUCAAGGACUAAGGGGGCCCAUUGGAAGAAGAGGUGAAAAAGGAGAAAAGGGCAUUCAGCCUCUUACUUACAUGACUACAUUCAGAAAAAGAAUAAAAGAUAUUUCAGUUUAUGUUACAAGUCACAACCAGUUCAAAGUUGUUUUCCUGCAUUUGUUUAGGGGUGGUCCUGCUGGCCCACCUGGUAGAAGAGGGCCACCUGGUCAUCAAGGAAGGCAAGGACAGAUGGGAUGCCCUGGAAGAUAUGGAGAAAAGGGUGAUCCAGGUUUAUCUGGUACAGUAGGAUCACCCGGACUCCCAGGCAAACCUGGUUCUUCUGGAAUGGCUGGUGAAAAAGGAGAAAAAGGUGACCCGGACAGAAGGAAAAUCAAAGGGACAAAAGGAGAAAGAGGCCCUAUGGGGUUUCCAGGACUUCCAGGCCAAAAAGGUACUUCUGGACGAGAUGGAGAUCCAGGAUUGCCUGGAGAGAAAGGAAUUCAAGGUGAUGGGGGAUCAGCACUGCCAGGAGAUAAAGGUUUUCUUGGGCCACCAGGACUUCCUGGUUCAAGAGGGCCUGUGGGACCGUCAGGUUUGGGAUUUCCUGGUCCACGAGGACUCAGAGGUCUCCCUGGAGACUCAGGAAGUACUGGUGUAAGUGGGCUACCUGGUCCAAAGGGUAAAAAAGGUGACACCCUCUGUCGUUUUCCACAAUAUCCUGGAAGUCCAGGCCCUCCAGGUUUUCAAGGGGCUCAAGGAUCAAAGGGUGUAAGAGGGCCCCCUGGUCCUCCUGGGCCAAAUGGCUUUGAUGGGCCAAAAGGCCAGCGAGGCAAACCAGGCACAUCAGGAGCUGAAGGGCCAGAAGGCUUUCGGGGCAAUGCUGGUGAUCCAGGCGAAGAAGGUGAAAGAGGUUCUUCUCUUGAUGGUGCCCCAGGUCUGCCUGGCACUCCUGGAUGGGCAGGUCAGAAAGGUGUUCCAGGUGAUACAAGUUAUGGUCCUCCAGGAAUUCCAGGCAAUAGAGGAUUGCCAGGAUUACCUGGUUCACAAGGCAUACGAGGUGACACAGGUGCUCCUGGGAUACAAGGACAGGCUGGUACACCAGGAUUUCCAGGUGCUAAAGGUCUGAGAGGCAGAAAAGGUGAAAUAGGAGCUCCAGGUUAUCCAGGCUCACCUGGUCAGCCAUGUCAUAAAGGCAUACAAGGGCCACCAGGACAGCCAGGAGUUAUUGGACAACAAGGCUCUCCAGGAUUACGGGGGUUUAAAGGUCAGAAAGGAGACAUGGGCCCACAAGGGCCAGUUGGAAUGAAAGGCCUACCAGGAACUCGAGGUGUAAUGGGGCCCCCUGGUCUUCCAGGUCCCCAAGGAUAUCCAGGGCUUCCUGGGAACAAUGGAUUACCUGGAUUCCCAGGCCAACGAGGAAGCAAAGGGAUCCAAGGCAUCCAAGGUUUCCCCGGAAUCCCAGGAAAACAAGGACAGACUGGAAUCCCAGGUAGAAAUGGUGAACAAGGAGAAAUGGGCCCAAGGGGGUCUACUGGAGAAUGUGGAGCUAGAGGGCAAAAAGGUGAAAGAGGUGGUCAAGGAAACAGUGGUAUCGUUACCUUACAGCUGGAAAAAGGACAAAAAGGGGAACAAGGGCUUCGUGGUGAGGCUGGAUUUCCAGGGGAAACAGGUGAAAAAGGCAGUCCUGGAAUCAGAGGGAUCCCAGGCUCACCAGGCAAAGAUGGACUCCCAGGAACUCAAAAGGGUGAACCUGGUGCUAAGGGACAGAUUGGAUUUGCAGGGCUGCCAGGUUCCCCAGGAUUGGCAGGUUUAAGAGGAAUUACUGGUUUUCAAGGACAACAGGGUGACCAGGGUGAGCAAGGUUUACCAGGAGUACGUGGAAGUCCAGGACUGGUUGGAGCAAAAGGACCUAAAGGUAAUGAGCUGAAACAUACAAGCUUUAAAGUCAGUUUAUUAAGAACAGAAAAUAUUCGCUGUAUUGUUCUAUUGUUUCAAGCUUUCCUAGAAUAUGAUUUUCUUGUUAAAACUAGUUCAUACAAAAAUAAAAGUGGUGAGCAAGGUUUACCAGGAGUACGUGGAAGUCCAGGACUGGUUGGAGCAAAAGGACCUAAAGGUAACACAGGUGACUCGGGCAGUCACUGUGGUCCGGUUGGUCAAAGAGGGCCUCCAGGAGAUCAUGGAUCACCAGGGCCCUGUGGCUUCCCAGGAGAACAGGGUUUACCAGGCCUCCAAGGGAAACCUGGAAGACCAGGACUGAAGGGGGUGCCUGGAUUCCCAGGAACACCAGGCUUGCCUGGUGCCAUGUGUGGUCCGGGAUUGCCAGGAGUUCCAGGUGAACAAGGUAAUACCGGGUCCUUAGGAGCUGCUGGAUUGCCAGGGUUACCUGGUCCCCCAGGCAGGAAAGGUUCAUUAGGGUUGCCUGGAUUAAAUGGCUUGAAUGGACUGCAAGGUCAAAAGGGCUUACCAGGACAUCCAGGUCAAAGUGAAAUAGGACCUCCAGGAUUUAUGGGAGCACCUGGACCAAAAGGAGACAGAGGUGAACCUGGGCAGCCAGGGGUUUCUUUUCCUGGAUCACCUGGAGACAUGGGCUUGUCAGGACAUCCCGGUAGACCAGGAGUUGCUGGGCCUGCAGGACCUGUGGGAAGAUCUCCUGAAACUGCACCUCCUGGUCCUCCAGGUGAUCAGGGGCCACCUGGCUCAGAUGGCCUGAGAGGCCCACCUGGCAAUCCUGGCCCUCCUGGAAAGACUAUCCUUGUGAAAGGCGAUCUAGGGGAAUUUGGUGUUCCAGGUGCACCUGGUAUUCCUGGCCAGCCGGGACCACAGGGAGCCAAAGGCUUUCCAGGAAAUCCAGGGAGGGAAGGCCCAAAAGGUCCUAUCGGAAACCCUGGCCUGCAGGGUCUUCCUGGCACUGUGGGGCCACGUGGGGAUCAAGGUUUUCAAGGACAGCCUGGCCCUCGGGGUCCUGCAGGUUGCAGAGGUGACCCUGGUAAGCCAGGAAAAACAGAUGACUCCUCAUGUCCCAAGACACCAGGGCCUCCUGGAGAAAAAGGACAAAGAGGAGCUGAAGGGUCUGUUGGAUUAUCCGGGCCAAUAGGUUAUCCUGGACCUCCAGGAAGUAAAGGUGAAGAAGGGUUGUUUGGCUUGCCAGGUCAAAAUGGCUCAUCUGGUCCACCAGGACCCCCAGGUGACAAAGGAGUCAUGGGAGAUCAAGGAUAUACUGGGUCACCAGGUCCACCUGGCCAACCUGGGAUCCCAGGACCACCAGGGCCUGAAACUAGAGCUGCUAGUGGGUUCCUGCUCGUUCUUCACAGUCAGUCAGAUAAAGAACCAUUUUGUCCAGAGGGAAUGCUAAGAUUGUGGACAGGAUAUAGUCUGCUGUAUCUUGAAGGACAGGAGAAAGCUCAUAAUCAAGAUCUGGGUCUGGCAGGAUCCUGUCUUCCUGUGUUCAACACCAUGCCAUUUGUCUACUGCAACAUCAACCAAGUUUGUUACUAUGCCAGUCGAAAUGAUAAGUCCUACUGGCUGUCAAGUGCUGCUCCUUUACCAAUGAUGCCUCUUGCUGAAGAUGAAAUACAACCCUACAUUAGCAGGUGUUCUGUAUGUGAGGCCUCAGCCCAAGCUGUAGCAGUUCAUAGCCAAGAUCAGUCCAUUCCCCCAUGCCCUCUGAACUGGAGAAGCCUUUGGAUAGGCUAUUCUUUUGUAAUGCAUACUGGGUCUGGAUAUCAGGGUGGUGGACAGUCCCUUAUGUCCCCUGGAAGUUGCCUUGAAGACUUUAGAGCAGCACCAUUCAUCGAAUGCCAGGGUCAUCGGGGAACAUGUCAAUUUUUUGCUAACGAAUAUAGUUUCUGGUUAACAACCAUCGGGCCAGAGUUGCAGUUUGAUCCUCAGUCAGAAACCCUUAAAGAAGGGCAAGAACAGCGCGGAAAAAUCAGCAGAUGCCAGGUCUGCAUGAAGCAUGGCUAAAAAAAACAAAUCAGAGGAGUUACGGCUGAGGGACUUUGCUGAUGGAAGAAGCCAGUUGUGCUAAAGAUGCAAAUGGUGUUUAUGGUGUAAUUUUAAUUGAAGUGUGCAUGGCUCUGUUCCAUCUGUUUAAAAGUUUGCUGCCUCUACAGUACUGAAAGAUACAAAUGGUAUAUUUAUACACAUGCACACAUAUGAAACCUAGUGUAAGUGACAGGCAAAGGACGAGCAAAAUUAAAUUCCACACUGUUGUAUACAGGUGCCAAACUGCAGCUUCGUCUUACACUGAAAAUAGAAACGAGUUGUACUGGGAAACCUUAAAAUGACUGCUCGCAGUAGAGGAUUUCCGGUUUGUUCUCUAUGUAUUUUUCUAUAAGACGUAUAAACAUAAUUGUGUCCACACAAUUUCAUAUACAGUUGGAUGAAUGUACACUCAUACAUUUUAUUCUUUUGUAGGAGCAGAGAAAAUGUGAUUUUGCUGCAAACUUAUGCUACCCCAUAAUAAAAACAAACAAAGAUCAAAGACCAUUUGACUAGCUACAGAACUAAACCAGACUACAAAAUUAAUUUGCUUAUGAAAUUUCAUAAACAAUGAAUAUGCUAAUGGUGGAUUGUUAUGCAAGAACAUAUAUAACCUUGAAUAACGAAUACUUAAAAUACUAUUUCUGUUUUCUUUGCAAUUAAUUUCCCAACACAUUUAAAUUAAAAUGUGAUGCUGUAAUUCAUAUAGCUGAAGACAACAAAACAGCUGUCAGUUUUAAUUAAAAAGAAAAGUGAUACCUCCUCUACAGGGGCCUGUAAUAAAAGAACUCUAAAGAUAACUUUAUACUGUAUU